GAGCGAAUGGGUGGGACAUCCUAAAUAAAAGAGAAACGUGUAGGAAGGGAACGUGACUUAUAGAAAAUGUUUUGUUUUUUUAAUUAAUGAUAGGCCUAUUUGAUAAUCAGAAGAUGCUUUAACACGGGCUUUCGGGCUAUUCACUGUCUGACAGAAUACAGAAUGUAUUUAAAGGCUUAUGAAUCUGAACUGGUUGUUAUUGUUUAAUUCAAAUCUAUUUUUAACGAUGGCUAAAUGGAGAGACAAUAUUACACGUUAUUCGGGAGUUAAAAUGUGCUUUUAGCAUGUCCAUUCUUGCAUACAAGCUUGUUAAGUGGAUGUCUUGUAAAAUCAUGCACCACUAAUUAAAAGUUUUUCAUUGAACAAAUCUCUGACGCCCUAAAUGCAAAAGCUUGGUUUCGCCUCUGGCACGCCCUAGAGUGAAGAAGCCUAGGCCACCACCUUGCGUUUGAGUCUAAUGGGCGCGCGUACACACACACAUACACUCUCUCUCCCUCUCUGUCUCUUGCUUUCUCUCUAUACAUCUCCUUCACCCUCUCUCUCCACACACACACACACACACACACAAUUUCACAUUCACAACACUUUUAAGUGGCUUUCCGUAGCGCAUGCUAUAUUCCAACCAAGACGGUCUGAAAUAUAUGCGCGCUUAGACAGUAGUUGACCAAAAAUAUUCAUGAUCAAACAGUUUAUUGAGGUGAUCGUCCUGCUGGUAGGUGUUUUAAUUUUAUACACAGACUCAUGAUUAGGUUUCGUUGCUUUGAGCACUGUACAUCACGUGUAAUUAACUCACAACCAUUCUGUGAAGAAAAAUAAUCCGUGAGGGGGCAGAAACAAAAUUAAAUAAUGUUACUUAUAAUUUCGUUUUCCAUGUUAAGUGGAUUUGUCGUCAGCCUACAAUAAAACGUCUAUCCUCAUCCAGUUAGCCUCCAUAUUUCAAAGUAUUUUGUGUUAACGCGUGUAGUAACAUAUAUCUUAUUUUUUAAUAAUGUUGCUUCAAAAUCAUAUUUAUUGAUUAAAGUGACAGAUGUUGUUGGAGAAGGUACAGAAAGACUAAUGAGCUCAACAGACAGAACACGCGGGCCUUGCAAGCUUGCAAGGGCUCAGCUGGGGCUUUCGCGCCGGUGCCCGCAGGUGCCAAGUAACAAAAAACUGAGCUAUAUCUAAUGACUUCAAAUUAAGAAAUGUUCGAUCAAAAUGUGACAAUUUUGUCUUGGUUGGUUGGUAACGGCUGAACAAUUAAUUUACGUCUUCUCGGAAUGUUUAACAUCUUUAUAUCAAAUAGCAUUGCAAAUAUGAAAUCGCAUGUUUUUUCGAAGAAGUGAUUAGUUGGUUCUUUUGGUCGAUUGUGGUGUGAAUAGUGUUGGAAUGUAGCCAGGAUCGCGUGAGGAAGGCUUUUGGGGAAUAGGGGGCUGGGCAGUACUUUACCUCACGCCCCACGGGAUCAGUAAUGUGGCUCGCGCCGCCGAGACCCGCUGUGCAAGGGCGCGAAAGGCCACGCGGACGACAGCAGGGAGGUAAAUUACCGCGAGGCCCCGUCUGGUGGCUCUUGGUUGCUCGGCAGAAGGCCGCUGGAUGGGUGCCAUGUUGACCAGACUGUUCAGUGACCCGUCCUUACUCUCCAACGUCCACCGUUUCCCCAGCUGGGCUGAGGACAGUGAAGGGGAGGAGUCCAAAGCACGGGAGGAGGAGUCAGUGCGGGUAGGGCUGGGCGACGACAAGCACGAGCGCGCUGGACAAACACCAUCCUCUGAUGUGGCCCCUGACGACGAUGAUGACGACGACGACGACGACGACGACGAAGAUGAGUGUGAGAGGGACGGGGAGGAGGAAGGUGGCGUCGGUGAGGACAGCGAUCAGCCACGGAAGCGCGGGCCCAAGAAGCGGAAGAUGACGCCAGCGCGUCUGGAGCGCUCCAAGGUGCGGCGGCAGAAGGCCAACGCCCGGGAGCGCACGCGCAUGCACGACCUCAACUCGGCCCUGGACAACCUACGCAAGGUGGUGCCCUGCUACUCCAAGACGCAGAAGCUGUCCAAGAUCGAGACGCUGCGGCUGGCCAAGAACUACAUCUGGGCGCUGUCGGAGAUCCUGCGCUCGGGCAAGCGGCCCGACCUGGUGUCCUAUGUGCAGACGCUGUGCAAAGGCCUGUCGCAGCCCACCACCAACCUGGUGGCCGGCUGCCUGCAGCUCAACACACGGAACUUCCUCACCGAGCACUGCCAGGACCCGGCCUCUGCCCGCUACCACGCUGCUGGCGCGGGGCCCUUCGCCUCGGGCGGCUCCGCCGUGGGCGCCUCGGUGCACGGUUACCACCCGUAUCCGUGCUCACGCCUCUCGGGCUCGCAGUGCGGCGCGGCUGCGGUGGGCUCCGGGGCCACGGGGCUCUCGCUGCGCUCCCACGGAUACUGCUACGACUCGCUGUACGGCGGCGGCGGCGGCAGCGGCUCGCCGGAGUACGACAGCGGCGAGUACGAGACUGGCGUCAGCCCCCCCCUUCCCCUCUACAUCAACGGGAACUUCUCGCUGCGCCACCAGGACGCGGCGUCGCCGGACGCGGCCGACCGGGGCUACCACUACUCUAUGCACUACUCCGGGGGUCCCGCGCCCCGAGGAGGGCCCAGUGCAGGGGCAGGGGCAGGGGCAGGGGCAGGCCCGGGGCAUGGAGGGGGUGGGAGCCUGGUGUUCGGCUCCAGGGGGGGGUCAGUGCACGGGGCGGGGGCUGCUGGUGUCCACGGAGACGGCGCUGCUGUGCUACCCUACCACCACGACAUGCACUUGCAUCACGAGCGCACAGCGCUCUAUGAGGACGUGAACGCUUUCUUCCACAACUGACCCUGGGAGCGAAUCGAAAUCAUCUGUAGUGUGUGUGUGUGUGUGUGUGUGUAUAUAUAUGUGUGUGUAUGAAAGAGAGUCAGAUGUGUAAGUGUGAGAAAUCUUUGUGUCUCUUUGUGUGUGUGAAUGCAUGUGUGCAAAAUCAACCUGCUGUAUUGUACUAUCUGACACUCUUCCCAACUUCAUUUUACCUACAUUCACACCUGUGCAUUGACACAGUUACUCCUCCAUUCAAUCCCACAACUCCCAACAGUGAUAUUACUGGUGGACACAAAACUGUGAAGAACAGACUAUUUUAUUUCUCUUUUAAUUAAAUUGCUUUUAAAAUAUUUAUGACACUGGUGUGAAUCUGAAAAGAUGACUAUUUGAAACAUGUGUACAGAGCCAUGGCUACAGCCCAUUUGAAAAAAAAGAGACU